CUCAUCGGCUGCUUUCCGAAUAGCCUAUUCGUUUUAAUAAGGUUCUUCACCUGCAGAUAUCCCGACCCACCUUUCACCAUAGAAACCAGUCAUGCUUCAGUCAGGCUUCAGUCAGGCUUCAGUCAGGCUUCAGUCAGGCUUCAUCUCCGACCGCAGGGGUAAUCGGGUACUCGGUGUUCAUGGAUCCGUGGUAAGGCCAUUUCUCACGAACAAUCAACUUGUUGAAAUGCACCAGGACAGAGAAUCUGGUUCACCGCAUCCAGACCACCCAAAAUGUAUAAGUACGCCCGUCACUGGCGCUGUCGAGGAUAUCAGUUCGUCCAUCAUCUACAACAGGCCCAGUGAGAGUAUUGAUCACCCAUUGCACGUGUCGUAAUAUAGAUAAAUAUUUUUUCGCCAUGGAGGAACCGACCUACGAUCCAAGGUGUGUGUGUACUGAAGUUGGCAUAGCAGAACGCAUCUAACUUACUAAUUCCCCUUUACGACAACAGCCGCCCCCUUGCGACUACCACCCUCGUC